AUUCUCGAGUCUAUUAUUUGGAAACAAGUCUCUUAUUUGGAGUUUCAACGUAAUUUUCCCUUUUUUACCCGCCAAUGUUCUGGCUCAGCGACUGCGUGAUUCCGUAUGACCAAGCCGGGGAUUGAACGCGAAGGGAUGGAUUAACCUUGGAUUUCGACUUCGAAUUGGGGCAACCAAGACUAGAUUGGGCUCCUGUGAGUGCUGCUCCAUUGCUUCGUUAACGAAGGCAAGCCGAAUCUAGUUCCUCGACGUCGUAAUUCCUUGUUUCCCUUAAUCAGUUGCAGUUUUUAUCAUGGGAGAACAGAAGCCAAGCCUUAAAAAAGUUCAAAAUUCUUGCGGCUCCAAAAUGACUCUCUGGUGGUUCUUUCUUGUAGCUGCCUGCAUAAAAGUUCUUCUUUUCCCUUCCUAUCGUAGCACUGACUUUGAGGUCCAUCGCAACUGGAUGGCCUUGACUCACUCUCUUCCACUCUCACAAUGGUACUUUGAUGAGACAAGUUCAUGGACUCUUGACUACCCUCCGUUUUUUGCAUAUUUUGAACGCUUCCUGUCUAUUUUUGCUAACCUGGUGGAUGGGAAAAUUGUGCAUCUUCAGGAGGGGCUGAAUUAUAGCUCAAACACGGUGAUUUAUUUCCAAAGAGCCACUGUAAUACUGUCUGAUUUGUGUCUUCUCUUUGGGGUUUAUAGAAUGACUAAGAAUCUGGAUUCAAGAAGGAAAAAGUUGAUCUGUUUACUGGUCAUUUGGUCGCCAAUGCUAUUUAUAGUGGACCAUAUGCAUUUUCAGUACAAUGGAUUUCUCAUUGGGAUUUUGUUGAUUUCAACUUCAUAUUUGGAGGAAAGGAGGGAUGUGUUGGGUGGUUUUGUUUUUUCUGCUCUUGUGUGCUUUAAGCAUUUAUUUCUUGUGGCAGCACCAGUUUAUUUCAUUUAUUUGUUGAGGCACUAUUGCUGGGGUGGAAAGCUUAAAAGCAUUAGUCGUCUCUUGUUUUUGGGAGCUGUGGUUAUAGCAGUCAUAGCAGCUGCAUUUGGGCCUUUUUUCUACCUUGGGCAGAUACAUCAAAUCUUCCACAGACUGUUUCCAUUUGGCAGGGGGCUUUGUCAUGCAUAUUGGGCCCCCAACUUCUGGGUAUUUUAUAUCAUAUUAGACAAGGUCUCAUUCAUGCUCAGAAAAGUUGGUUUCAAAAUCCCAACACCAGCAGCUUCAUUCACUGGUGGGCUUGUAGGGGAUUCCUCGCCAUUUUCUGUAUUACCUCAGGUCACCCCCUUGUUAACCCUUACAAUGGUUGUGCUUGCUUUAUCUCCUUGUCUUAUCAAGGCUUGGAAGAAACCCUCGCAACAGAUGAUUACCAGAUGGAUAGCCUAUGCUUACACGUGUGGUUUUGUUUUUGGGUGGCAUGUGCAUGAGAAGGCAUCACUCCAUUUUGUCAUACCUCUUGCAUUUGUUGCAGUGCAAACUCUGGACGAUGCUAGGCAUUACUUUUUGCUGUCAAUAGUAUCCUGCUAUUCUAUAUUCCCACUACUAUUUGAGGCACAAGAAUAUCCGAUCAAAAUUCUUUUGCUUCUAUUGCACUCCAUUUUGAUGUGGUCAGGAUUUUUAGCGCAAUUUUCUGAUGAUAAUGAUAAUGAAGCAUCAAGAGCACCUGCAGUUAAUGCAAAGAAAACAAAUAAUCAUGCUGGGUCUAAAGGUAGUCCAGGUGUAGCUGCAGAGAAGAGAGUGAGUUUGAUUGGGUGGAUUGAGAAGAGUUACUUGGUAGGUCUUGUGGUUGUCGAGAUUUGGGGGAAAUUUUUGCACCCUCUAUUUUUGGGUGAUAAACUUCCCUUCCUACCUCUUAUGUUAAUAUCUGUAUAUUGUGCUUUUGGUAUCAUGUACUCGUGGAUUUGGCAGUUACAAUUCAUAGUUCAGUCCCCAUGAAGUUUUGUAAAUUGGAUUUUCCAUAAUUAUGCACAAUCAUGCAUCUAGAGAUUGAGACAAUUUUGGUAGUGUAUAUAUGCGAUCAAUUUGUGAUUGCAGAGGAUUUAUACUCAGUUUGCUGAUGAACUUUUUCAUAAAUCAAAUUGAUGUCAUUGUUUUGUUGCA